CAAACAUCAUUUUCAAGUUCAUCAAAAUACCAGAGAACCAAUUCAUCAUAAGAAAUACUUUAAGAAAAAAAAAUAAUCAAAAUGAGUUCAAGCAGGAGAGCGUGGAUUGCAGCAGCCAGUGUUGGAGCAGUGGAGGCUUUAAAAGAUCAAGUUGGAUUGUGUAGAUGGGAUUACCCAUUGAGGUGUUUGGCACAACACACAAAGAAUAACAUGAGAUCUUACUCUCAAGCUAAGAAACUUUCUUCUUCACUUAUUGCAAAGAGUGAAAAGGCAGAGCAAUCUGAAGAGUCUUUGAGGAAAGUUAUGUACUUGAGCUGUUGGGGUCCAAAUUAACUAAGCUUUAUUAUAGACUA